GAUAUUGGUCGAAUAACCGCGAUUUAUAAACGUGAUUAUUGAUUCAGUAUUGAGUUUAAAGUUUUUUGAAAAGCUAAACAACAUGCCAGCUAUUGGAAUUGAUCUUGGCACAACAUACUCGUGCGUUGGCGUGUGGCAACACGGCAAUGUAGAAAUCAUCGCAAAUGACCAAGGCAACAGAACCACACCUUCAUAUGUGGCUUUCACGGACACGGAGAGGCUCAUAGGAGAUGCUGCUAAGAACCAGGUGGCAUUGAAUCCCAGCAACACUGUCUUCGAUGCCAAACGGUUGAUCGGCAGGAAAUUUGAUGACCCGGUGGUACAGCAAGACAUGAAGCACUGGCCUUUCAAGGUGAUCAGCGAUUGUGGAAAGCCAAAGAUUCAAGUGGAGUUCAAAGGUGAAGUGAAGAAGUUUGCUCCGGAGGAGAUUAGUAGCAUGGUGCUGACGAAGAUGCGGGAGACCGCCGAAGCAUAUCUCGGCUCGAGUGUCAAGGAUGCCGUUAUCACUGUUCCGGCGUACUUCAACGACUCGCAGCGGCAGGCGACGAAGGACGCUGGUGCCAUUGCUGGUUUGAACGUGCUCCGCAUCAUAAACGAGCCUACAGCCGCUGCUCUGGCCUACGGGCUGGACAAGCACCUCAAGGGUGAGCGGAACGUCCUGAUUUUCGACCUCGGCGGCGGCACCUUCGAUGUCUCCAUCCUGACUAUAGACGAAGGUUCUCUGUUCGAAGUGAAGGCCACGGCGGGCGACACGCAUCUCGGCGGCGAAGACUUCGACAACAGGCUCGUGAACCACUUAGCAGAGGAGUUCAAACGUAAAUACAAGAAAGAUCUUCGCGGCAACCCUAGAGCCUUGCGACGACUCCGAACGGCAGCUGAGCGUGCGAAGCGGACCCUGUCGUCCAGCACCGAAGCGACGAUCGAGAUCGACGCGUUGUAUGAAGGCAUCGACUACUACACCAGAGUAUCGAGGGCCAGAUUCGAGGAAUUGAACGCGGAUUUAUUCCGUGGAACGCUGGAGCCCGUCGAAAAAGCCCUCCGUGAUGCAAAACUGGACAAGAACUCUAUAAACGAUGUGGUGCUGGUUGGAGGAUCAACUCGUAUACCGAAAAUCCAGAGCAUGCUGCAGAACUUAUUCUGUGGCAAAAAACUGAACCUCUCCAUCAACCCUGAUGAAGCCGUCGCGUACGGAGCGGCAGUGCAAGCGGCAAUCCUCAGCGGAGAGCAGCACAGUAAGAUCCAAGACGUCCUUCUGGUGGAUGUGGCGCCGCUGUCACUGGGGAUCGAAACCGCGGGAGGAGUCAUGACAAAGAUCGUCGAGCGUAACUGCAAAAUACCAUGCAAGCAGUCUCAAACCUUCACCACCUUCGCGGACAACCAGCCAGCCGUUACCAUCCAGGUUUACGAGGGCGAGCGCGCUAUGACCAAAGACAACAACCGCUUGGGAACGUUUGACCUCACCGGUAUUCCGCCAGCGCCGCGGGGAGUUCCCCAGAUCGAUGUCACCUUUGAUCUGGACGCUAACGGCAUCCUCAAUGUGUCUGCUAAAGAGAACAGCACCGGUCGCAGUAAGAACAUCGUGAUCAAGAACGACAAGGGAAGGCUCUCGCAAGCUGAGAUAGAUCGAAUGUUAGCUGAAGCUGAACGCUAUAAAGAAGAAGAUGAUCGCCAGCGCGAGCGAGUUGCAGCUCGUAACAAGCUGGAGUCGUACGUCUUCAACGUGCGGCAAGCGAUUGACGACGCGGAGGCGAUUCUUUCGGAGCAAGACAAGGAUAUCGCGCGACGGGAAUGCGACGAGGCACUUAAAUGGCUGGAAAACAACUCGCUGGCGGAAAAGGAAGAGUAUGAGCACCGUCUGAAAGAACUUCAGAGGACGUGCAUGCCAAUCAUGACCAAGAUACAUGGACAAGGCGGUCCACAGCCACAGAACGGCGGCGGCCAGGGCCCGACAGUCGAGGAAGUGGACUAAACUAAAUCUCAGUCAUACUUAUUUUAUUUUGUAACAAAGUGCCGGGUAGCGGUAGCAAGCCUCAACUGCUAUUCUUGAGCUCUUCUAUAGCAUGAGACGAUAGGGUCGCAAAUUACGUGUCGUGAAAAUAUAGCCGGCGGAAAGUGGUGUUUACAAAUAAAUCCAUCGAUAAAUACAGUUCUUAGUUUAAGUUACUGAACCACCAAUGUAAUUGUUUUAAAAAC